AUGCGCAUCACGUCUCAGCUCAUCGCCGCGAGCCUGUGCUUCGGCACGGGCCUGGCCAGGCCUUCUUCUGCGCCGCCGCAGUAUGUGGGAUAUCUCGUCUCCACUUUCAGCGACCCGAAUCCUCAGGUGCAGUGGCACUUGUCGGAGGGCAAUGAUGCCUCUCGGUUCCGGUUCCUCAACGACGGGAAUGCUGUUCUCACGUCCAAUGUUGGGACCAAGGGCGUCAGGGAUAUCUUUCUUACCACCAACUCGGAACGAACCGAGUACUUUACCAUUGCCACCGGCAAGUCACGGACGACGUCGCGCUGCCUUGAACCUGUAAUGCUGAUCAUCUGUGACACAGAUCUCGACAUCAAUGCCGAGGGUUUCUCGUGGUACCAAGCAACCACAAAGGGGAGCCUGGGCCUCGUCAUCUGGUCCUCGAAGAACCUGGUCGACUGGUCCGAGCCGUCCCUGAGGAUCAUCGAGGAUCCGACCGGCGGCAUGGCUUGGGCGCCGUCCGCCGUCUGGGACGAUGAAACGCAGCAGUACUUUGUCUUCUGGGCCUCGCGGCACUACGCAGCCGCGGACACGGAGCACACUGGCCAACCCAAACUCGGGCGCAUUCGGAGUUUCAAUAUCUUGGCGCCCCAGGCGCGUACGCGCGUUUCCUGA